AUGGUUAAAAAAGCAGCAAAGGUUAGCAACAAGUACGUUAUCGACGCUACUGCUGCCGUCAAUGACAAGAUCUUUGAUAUCUCCGCUUUCGAAAAGUACUUGAUCGACCGCAUCAAGGUCGAUGGCAAGACUGGUAACUUGGGCUCUUCCGUCGUUGUUUCUCGUGAAGGCUCCAGCAAGGUUGCUGUCAUUGCUCACAUCGACUUCUCUGGUCGUUACUUGAAGUACUUGACCAAGAAGUUCUUGAAGAAGCACUCUCUCCGUGACUGGCUUCGUGUCGUUUCCACCAAGAAGGGUGUCUACGAGUUGCGUUACUACAACGUCGUUGUCGGCAACGACGAAGAGGAACAGCAAUAA